CAAAGACGGAAGUCUUUGCUUUAUUGUUACACAAACAAACACCUUUCUUCCGGUUCGGACUUCGGCCACUCCGCUGGGCGUUAUAGCAUACAGUGAGCCUUGAUCCCCCACGGUUUCUUCCCUUUUGCAUUAUAUAAGAAUGGUAAAGUAUACAUCAAUCAAGCAGCACAUCCAUCCAUAAAACAGAAAAAGAGAGAGAAAGAAAGCAAUAUUCAGAGAGAGAGAGAUACAGAUAACAGAUUAUAGAGAAACUCAACUUGAUGGUAGAGAUAGAAUGGAUUGAUAUAAAACAAUAAACUAUUGAUAGAAUGAUCAGCACUUGGAAAGAACAUCAAAGCAUCACAUGUUAACACUACCAAAAGCAGCUGACGAGCAGACCACCCCCAGAAAGAGAACUUUCCGUAAGUUUACCUACCGUGGCGUUGAACUUGAACAACUCUUGGACAUGUCCUCUGAACAAUUCAUGGACCUUGUUCAUGCUCGUGCUCGUAGAAGAUUCCAACGUGGUCUUAAGCGUAAGCCCAUGGGUCUCAUCAAGAAGCUUCGUGCUGCCAAGAAGGCUGCCACUCCCGGUGAAAGACCCGAAGUUGUCAAGACCCACCUCCGUGAUAUGAUCAUCGUUCCUGAAAUGAUCGGCUCUGUCAUUGGUAUCUACAACGGUAAGACCUUCAACCAAGUUGAAAUCAAGCCUGAAAUGACUGGUCACUACCUUGGUGAAUUCUCCAUCACCUACAAGCCUGUCAAGCACGGUCGUCCCGGUAUUGGUGCCACUCACUCUUCCAAGUUUGUUCCUCUCAAAUAAAAAAGCCAGUGUGUGUGUGUUUUGGUUUUUGCUUAGUAGAUAUCUUUUUCUUAUUUAAACCAUUGCCCACCUAUUUUAUAUAAAAGACUUAUUUUUUUUUUUAUAUAAUACUCAACUUUGCCAUCAGUCAUCUUUUUAUAUUGACCUAAGAGAGAUUUGGUGGUUUCUCCGUGUUUCUUUUUUUAAAGCAAAUCUAUCAAACUUGCUCGUCUAUUCUUUUAGCAGCCAAUAUCCUUCAGUAGUUCCAGUGCUACUACGGCGUAAAUCUUUGUUUAUCG